AUGUAUUAUUUAACUUGUCCCUACCUACCGAACCCCCCAUAAAAGUGACCAUUUUUCUCCUCUCAUUUCAGCAUAAAGUAAACUCUUUCUUUCUUUCUUUCUUCUGUAUCAUUGUCUGAUCAACAGAAAAAAAAAAAAUGACUUCAAUCUUGACCUCUCAAGGCAUGGUUUUGGCCACAGCCAUGGCUGUUUCUGGCUCUUUCAUUCUUCUUGCUCUUCGACUCCAAAAAUCCCAAUCGACUUCCGAGUUUUCGGAAUCUCUUCGAUCUUGCCUCUCAUCAGAACGGAAGAAGAAGGAGAAAAAGAAGAAGAAGAAGAAGAGAGUGCAUUUUGCAGAAGAUGUGGUGGACCCAAUCGGGAACAGUGAUGAGUACAGAAGAUUACACAGUAAUAAUUGUGCAAAAGUUAAUUUGGAUUCAAAUUCAAAGGCAAAUGGGAAACUGAAAGAAAUGCCAGCGAAUAGAGUGGCACUAUACAAUGGAAUUCUUAAAGAAAGAGUGCUUCAGAGGGUGGCCUAUUCGUAUUAAUUUUUUGGAUUUGAAUUCUGUAAAUUUUUGUAAACUCUUUUUUAAAUAAAUAAAUAAAUUGUACAGAA